AAAAGCCUUACCGCAAGAUGUAUAAUAAGGACCAACAUUCCUACAUGUAGAGCUGUACUCAACCUCAACGCCAGGUCUUUUAAGCCGGUUAGCUAUUGCGUUUCAUGAUACCCCACCAUGCCUUAUUCAAAGACUGUUGCACUCUUCACGCUUGCUCUGGCUUCUUUCAAAGGCGCGCUGGCCGCGUUGAACUUGAACAGUAAUAACAACAUUGCUGCUUACUGGGGCCAGAAUUCCUAUGGACAGUCUACCGGUCCAUAUGUUCAACAGCGUCUGUCGUAUUACUGCAGGACUACGGGCAUAGAUGUAUACCAGAUCUCCUUCCUGACUAGGAUCAAUGGGGCCGGUGGUGUCCCCGAAGUCAAUUUCGCAAACGCUGGCGAUAACUGCACCACGUUUUCAGGGACUCAACUUUUAGAUUGUCCCCAAAUUGCUGAGGACAUCAAGGAAUGCCAGUCGCUCGGACGGACGAUCCUCCUUUCGAUCGGAGGAGCCACUUACAACGAAGGAGGCUUUUCCAGCGAAGCAGCCGCAGCUGCCGGUGCCAAGAUGAUCUGGGAGACAUUCGGGCCUGUUUCUAAUUCCUCUGUGAAACGACCGUUCGGAGACGCAGUAGUUGACGGCUUCGACCUCGACUUCGAGGCAACUGUCAACAACAUGCCGGCCUUUGCUAACCAAUUGCGAUCAUAUUACGGAAGCGAUACCUCAAAGAAAUACUACACCACAGCAGCACCGCAGUGUCCCUACCCAGACGCCGCGGAUGGUCCUAUGCUCAAUGGCGCUGUGUACUUCGAUGCGAUAUGGAUUCAGUUCUACAACAACUAUUGCGGACUUCAGGCAUUUGUCCCCGGUAGCGCAGCACAAUAUAACUUCAACUUCGAUGUCUGGGACAGAUGGGCUCGUGAAACCUCUCUAAACAAAAACGCCAAAGUCUUUCUCGGUGUUCCUGGAAACAAGGGUGCAGCAGGGACUGGGUACCAGCCUAUAUCAACCGUUACCGAGAUCAUCAACUACGUGAAACAGUUCAGCAGUUUUGGAGGAGUCAUGGUAUGGGAUGCGAGUCAGGUUUACGCCAAUAGCGGCUUUCUCUCAGGACUCAGGUCAGCCUUGGGUGGUGGAGCUCCUCCAACUUCGACGACAAGCUCGACUACGACAUCAAAGACGACCUCAACUACCCCUACGACAAAGACUAUAUCUACAAGUACCACGUUGACCACCACGAAAUCCUCCACAGCUAGUCCGACAUCCAGUAAGCCAUCCGUAGCACCCACCUCAACUGUGUGUCCGAUUGAUGGGGAAGAAUGUCCGACUAGUGGAGUAUUUUCUUGCAAUGGAAAUCAGUUCGGUAUUUGCGACAAUGAGAGGUGGGUGAUGCAGCCAUGUCCUGCUGGGUUGGUUUGUGCCCAGAGCAAUUCCGGCGUAUAUUGCGACUUCCCUGGAUCGGCUGGUGUCGUGCCCUGUUCUUGAGACGCUAUGCUGCGUGUGUGUACAUGCUCUUUUCUAGCCACUUGGACAUCCUCGGACCAGGUUAUGGAGAGAUAGAAUGUUCUACAUGAUAAGGCUAUAGCAACACGGACUUGUACAUUCAACUAGUGAGAGCCCUUACAGAAACACAUCUCGCUAGGGAUUCUCCCAGUCAAUUACAACCAGCGCAGUUGCU